AACACACACACACACACACACACACAAUUUUAUUAGAAAAAAACAGUUAAAACAAAAAAAUGUUGAACAUGAACAAUAACAUGGCAACAAAAAUGUUAGAAAUAUUUGAAGUUGGCCCCUGUGAAAAUGGCUACGAAAUGGGAUUAUUAAUCGGCCAAAAAUUCUCGAAACAAAUAAAAAGCCGACUUGAAAACGACCUCGUUUUACACAACCAGCUUCUCCCAUUUGCACACUCACCAAACUCAAAGCCACUCCUCAAAUCCUUAUCAGAAACAAACAUGGAAAAGUACCCUGAUUACUGGGAUGAACUCCGAGGAACCGCCGAAGGAAGCCGCUCGUCUUUUCUCGAGAUAAUGCUGCUGAAUUUUAGGAAGGAGAUACUUCCGUUUAUUCCGAAGGAAGAAAAUAAUAAUUCGGUGUACGAUGAAACUAACGACGAUUGUUCGGAUGUUCUUGUUGUUAGUGAAUCAAUGGCUGUUGCAGCGCAUAACGAGGAUGCGAAUGUCGCCCUUGUGGGCCAUACAUAUUUGAUUAAGGGAAUUUUGUCGAACGGGGUGUCGUUCACCGCUUACACGUAUGCAGGGGAGUUACCGAGCUGCGCUUUCGGGUUCAAUAGUUGUGGACUGGCGUUCACGCUGAAUUCGGUUCCACCUUGUAAGCAUGAGAUUGCAGCUGGGGCAAUAGGCAGAAACUUUAUCUCAAGGGAUUUGCUUGAAGCACAAAGCAUUGACGAUGCCUUAGCGAUGAUUUAUUCGUCGGAAGCUUCCGUAGGGCACAGCUACAAUCUAAUCGACGUCAGAACACGUAAAAUCUUGAACGUCGAGACAGCAUCAAGAAAUCGAUACUCGGUUCACGAAGUGGGACCGGAGCCUUUUUUCCACGCCAAUAUGUACCUUCAUCUUGAAGUUCACCAGGAACAAGACGAGAACUCAUUGAGUCGGCAAACGAGAGCUGAAAUGCUGCCCAAAAGAUCAAGAAGUGAGUUUCUCUCACUUCUUGGUGACAAUAAUAAUCACACAAAAUAUCCUAUUUACAUGACAGGUCCAUUACUAUACACACUAUGCACGGCUGUGAUUGAUUUAGACGAAAAAACGAUGUCGAUUAUCGAAGGCGAUCCGAAGCAAAGAGAGCCCUCCUUCGUAUUCUCGAUGAUGUGAUCAAAAUCGAACAAUGCAGAAACAACUGAGUUACGUACAAGCAGUUAGAGGUCGUCAGAGUAACGAAAAAAAACGUUUAAGGAAGUUACGAAUUGGUUAAUUAGGCCGGUCGGUUAAUUUAAGACCAGAUUGAAUACACUUUCGAUUUUUUCUCAUAUAUAUUUGGUUUAAACUUUAGUAAUAUCAGAAAGUUUUACAAAACAA